AUGACCCGCGCUGUGGUAUAUCUGAAUGAAAGCCAGGGAGGAAAAGGAGGAAACUUGCUCUUCCGCAUCCUCACGCAUAACAUUCGGUAUGCAACCACCUCGCCGUCCGCGGGCGAGCAGCCGUGGAGUGUUCGAGCACCGCUGAUUGUGAAUGAGCUCGACUAUCACACCCGUACGAGCCCGGAGAGCUUCGUCUGCCUGCAGGAAGCGCUGCACAAGCAGGUCCAGGACGUCCUCUCCGGCCUCAACUCGCACGUCCAGGAUGAAUGGGCCUACAUUGGCGUGGGCAGAGACGACGGCAGACAGGGCGGAGAGUACUCUCCCAUCUUCUACCGCCCUGGAGUCUGGGAGCUGAUGGAAAAGGAGACCGUCUGGCUGUCGGAGACGCCCACGGUCCCGUCCAGGGGCUGGGACGCUGCCACCAUCCGCAUCGUUAACGUCGGGGUCUUCAGCCACCGCGCGUCCAACCAGACCGUCCUCGCCAUGAACACCCACCUGGACCACAAGGGCACAAAGGCACGCUACGAGUCGGCCAAGCUGAUCCUCGCACUCAUCGACAAGUACCUCAGCAGUCGCUCCGACAUCGCCGGCAACUUCCUGGCCGGAGACUUCAACAGCGAGGAGAACCAGGAGGCGUACAAGGAGUUCACCAAGCCCGGCUCGCCCAUCGUCGACGCCUACAAGCAGGUCCCCAAGGCGAAGCACUACGGGAACGAGGCCUCCUUCACCGACUUCCAGGACAAAACUCCCGGCAGCCGUAUCGACUAUGUCAUGCUUGGCCCCAAGAGGGGCUCUGCCCUCCCCUGGGCCUUCAACGGCUAUGCCGUCCUCCCAAGCAAGUUCGACGACGGCAUCUUCAACUCUGACCAUCGCGCCGUCGUCGCCGACGUGACCCUGAAAUAG